CGGCAAAGUAAAAAAUUCGCCCAAAACGACCAAACUUCCGCCGGUUUCUUUUUAUUCGCAUGCUUCGCUCCCUCCGUCUUCCUUUUCGCUCACUCAACCCUUUAUAUUUUUCAAGCCGUCGCUUUUCUUCUACCUUCAUAAUGAGCGAGAUCACUCACCCCACCAUUCAGGAUGGAUGGUUCUCCGAGCAGUCCGGCAUGUGGCCCGGUCAGGCCAUGAACCUCAAGGUUAAGGAGGUCCUGCACCACGAGAAGUCCAAGUACCAGGAUGUCCUCGUCUUCGAGUCCACCGACUACGGCCGCGUCCUUGUCCUGGACAACGUUAUCCAGUGCACCGAGCGUGAUGAGUUCUCCUACCAGGAGAUGAUCACCCACCUGGCCAUGAACGCCCACCCCAACCCCAAGAAGGUCCUCGUCAUCGGUGGUGGUGACGGUGGUGUCCUCCGUGAGGUCGUCAAGCACGAGUCUGUUGAGGAGGCCAUCCUGUGUGACAUCGAUGAGGCUGUCAUCCGUGUCUCCAAGAAGUACCUCCCCGGCAUGAGCAUUGGCUUCCAGCACCCCAACGCUAAGACUCACGUCGGUGACGGCUUCGAGUUCCUCAAGGCCCGCAAGAACGAGUUCGAUGUUAUCAUCACUGACAGCUCCGACCCCGAGGGUCCCGCUGAGAGCCUCUUCCAGAAGCCUUACUUCGAGCUCCUGAACGACGCCCUCCGUGAAGGCGGUGUUAUCACUACCCAAGGUUCCGAGAACCAAUGGUUGCACCUUCCCCUGAUCGCCGACCUGAAGAAGUCUUGCGGUGAGGUCUUCCCCGUCGCCGAGUACGCCUACACCACCAUCCCCACCUACCCCUCCGGCCAGAUCGGUUUCAUGGUCUGCUGCAAGGACGCCAACCGCAACGUCAAGGAGCCCCUCCGCUCCUGGUCCCGCGAGGAGGAGGAGCGUCUCUGCCGCUACUACAACGCGGACAUCCACCGUGCUGCUUUCGUGCUGCCCAACUUUGCUCGCAAGGCCCUUAACCAGUAAAUCAUUUCGUCUGAUUUGAAUUUCUUGGGCUGGCAUUAGCAAUAUAGGAUGAUAAAAGUAUGGAGAGGUUAUGAUACCUCAUGAUGAAUGAAAUAAUUUCGGGA